CGGUGCUUUGAGCGUGUAAGAACGUGAUUCUAGGUAGCGGGAAACUUGUGUCAGUAGAAGAUCAUAAACAGCUACUGGUGGAACAUUAGCUGUCUAAAAAGUCAGUGACUACUGACAUCUCUAUAUAUUCGCGUAGAUAAUCAAGUGCGGAAUUUUGGGGGGAAUAUUUGAAUUCUGGUCAGAAUCCGUUAAAAAUGGUUCAGAUAGUCAUAUCAAGUAAUGCUGGCAAGGGUCCAUCUGAAUGGCUGCUGGAAGAGCUUCAGGGAGAAAUGGUGUGCAGACAGAAUACAGGACUGGCUGGACAUCUGAUGGGAGACCUCCACUACACAAAAGAGGGUGUUCCAGUCCUUAUAGUUGGACAUCACAUGCUUUAUGGCAAGCAGGUAAAACUGGAGAAGCCCUUUGCUGUUCUGAUGAAGCACUCGGGACUCCCUCAGAAUGCAGAGGAAUCUCUGGAAACCAACCAAGAGAAACCAACUUCUUACACGGUCUCUGCCCUCAUUAAAAAGAAGCUCUUCUUUAAAAACCGACCCAAACCCAUCAUCACUAGUGUGCCGAAGAAAAUGUAGCCAAUUUCACAAAAUAACAGACUGGCACAGACAUUCAGAAGCCAUUCUUCUGUAAUCAUUUCUACUGCGGAUUCAAGUCAUCUCUUAACUGUUUGAAAUCACAAAGGACGAAAAGUCGUCUCAUUGAGUAUUGAUACUAUCUGAUCACUGAUUAAUUCACAGUGUAAAUCGGUGAAUUAGGUUUCAGUGGUGUACUUGCCCAGAUGUGAAUUUAACAGUGUUAUUGAACAUUGGAUGAAUGUAAGUGGAUUUACUGUUGACUGACAAUGUUCUCUUGGUUGUGUUUAUUGAAGAAUAAUUACAUUUAUUUGCCAUUAAAGAAAUGUUUCCUGUCAGGUGAAUAAUAAAAAAGAAGAAAAUGAAACAAAUCACACGUUAUAAAAUUGGAAGUUUUAUUUGAUCAAAACAUCACCUACAAGUGUUUGCAAAAAUAACAAUAAGGGAAUGUCCAGGAAUCCCUUUUACAUACUCUAGAAUGUACAUAAAUACAUAUAACAUGUAAAAGUCAUGUGAAGUUAAAAGACCAUAAAGGCCAUUUUUUUUAGGUAUUGAAUGCUGUGGAAGUAAUAGGUUGGCUGUGACACCUAGGCUAUCUGUUGCAAAAUGUUUCACCAGUACUUUUAGAUUCUUUAAUUUGUUGCUAGCUGCCACAGUGGUGAUCUAUAAAAUUUAAUAAAAAAAAAAUAAAUAAAAAAAACUACAUUUCCUCAGUGAAAUGUAUCAUGUUGGAAUAUGAAUAAUGUAUAAUCCCCUCAUUUUAUAAGUGUUAUGAAAGUAACUUGAAAAUAACAAUGAAAAUAUAAAAAAUAAUGAAAAUAACAUGUUUUCCUUAAAGGUCUCCUAGGAAAAUGAAUAUCAGUGUGUCAGGAUUCCUGCAUGUUUAAAAUAUCUCUGAAUUUUACAUUACAAAAUAUAUAUAUUGCUUUACAAUAUACUUGAAAGAAUGACUGAAGUAAACUAUAUUUCAUGGUAAAUAUUGCUCAGUUUCCUUUUCUUGUUGUAUAUUGCUUAUCCACGUCCCUCAUUUUGAAUAAUUUUAAAACACCCCUCAAAGAAGCCCUUGUGUUUCUGAGGAGCAUAUAAAUCUGGUAAAUUUGGCACCCAGUCUGAACUGAACUGCAUUAAAUCUUAUAACAUACAAACGUGAACAGUUAGAUUACAAGUGUAAACUAAAUUUUAAAAUGAAUAAAUGCUCUCUGUCAUUUCUGAGUUGUCACUGUAAUGUUGCAGUCUAGUCCUCGGCAGUCCAAAGCGAUCCACUGUUACUACAUGUAGUUAUUACACAUGAAAGAAAGAGCAAAAGUUUCAUAAGCUCAAAGUUCCUCUCUAAACUUGUGCAUACACAAAUGCACACACUAGUCACAGUGUUUAGAUUUCUGCACUCUGAAAGAUGGCCAGAAUUUAAUGUGUGUUUUAUGGGGGAAGGGAGCUGUAAAAGCUAGUCUUAGCAUUCAUGGAGAAAUGCUGCUGAAGUAAAUUCACUAAUUGUUCCAUUUGGAGAGUUUAGGGUGACAUAAAACAACCUGAAUCUGUGUACCUUUGCUCCAUAUAUAAAUGCACAAUUAAAGGUCAUUUAUAAACAGAAUUUUUAGGAAGCUUUUCAAACACACGGUUUGGCCAUAAGUAAGUUUCUUUGGCGAAGUGGUUCCUAUUUAUCUCGCUACCUAACUUUUUAUUCAGUCAAGCUUAUACAUUUAUAAGUUAUAGGAAAGGGUUGAAACAAUUGAUCAAGGUGGUUGCAAAAACCCAUAUUGGUCGACCACCAAUCAAAUAUUUGGAUUGAUGUUUAUGGUGGUGACAGCUUUAGUUCCACCAUCUUUAAUAAAAAUGAAAACCAAACCAAACAAACAAACAAAAACAUUAAAACCCAAUAUGCAGAGAGACUGAGUUAUCAUUCUUGCAAUUUAUUCCUUAUUCAUUAUUCAAUCUUCUUUGGUUGCCUGACACAUCUAUGGGAACUUGAUCUGAACUUGAUCAGUGCAGUUCAUCUUUUUAAAGUACCAUAAACCCUAUAUUUAAAUGCAGACGUUUAAUCUCUCUUGAAUGUUCUAACACUUUUCACCACAAAUGUAUCAGCAGCACCACAAAAAGUUCUAUUUAGAAUUCUGCUGGAUUGUCAGAUAAAACACUAAAUAAAAAUACUGACUGGUUUUGGCAAAUACUAUCAGCUUAUUUUCUUAUAAACUGUAGGUGUUCAUUGUGUGUUGGCACACACUUUACCAACUUUAAGGGAUAGUUAAUCCAAAAAUGAAAGUUGUCUCAUAAUUUACUCACCCUUAUGCCAUCCCAGAUAUGUAUGACUCUUCUGCAGAACAUGAAUUCUGAUUUUUAGAAGAAUAUUUCAGCUCUGUAGGUCCAUACAAUGCAAGUGAAUGAGUGCCAAAAUGUUGACACUCCAAAAAGCACAUAAAGACAGCAUAAAGUAAUCCAUAUGACUCCAGUGUUUUAAUCCAUAUCUUCAGAAGUAUAUGAUAGGUGUGAGUGAGAAACAGAUCAAUAUACAAGUUCUUUUUUGCUAGAAAUUCUUCUCCCUGCCCAGUAGGGGGCGAUAUGCAUGAAGAAUGUGAAUCACCAAAAACACAAGAAGAAGAAUGUGAACAUGAUCUGUUUCUCACCCAUACUGUACCAAUCAUAUUGCUUCUGAAGACAUUGAUUUAACCACUAGAGUCUUCAAAAUCCCAUUCACUUGUAUGCACUAAAAAAGCUGAGAAAUUCUUCUAAAAAUCUUAAUUUGUGCUCUGCAGAUGAAAGAGAGUCAUAUGCAUUUGGGAUGGCAUGAGUGUGUGUAAAUGAUGAGAGAAUUACAAUUUUUGGGUGAACUAUUCCUUUAACAUGUUUACAUUUAGUAUAAUUAUAAGUCCAAGCACCAAUAUGACCCUUUAACUUAAUAUGACAACCUAACUACAUGAGCUUCUUGCUCCAUCAUUAACAUUUGGCUCAACUUUUUGCACCCAUCUUGGCUGGCCACCUCAAUGUGUGCAUUAUAGUCAUGAGAAGCACCAUUCCUGAUUUCAACUGAUGUAAAUUAUGGCUCUGUCAAAAACUCUUGACUAUGGCGACCUGUUGAAACCUCUCAAGUAGCUUUAAACCAUCUCACAUCCGAUGGCCUUGGACAGGAUCCAUAAUUAUAUCCAGGAAUGCAGCACCAGGUAGAGACAGGGUCAUUUCAAAUGAGCCCUUAUAGCAUGUCCUGCAGCACCAUUAAA